AUGGAGAUACCGCAUGCCUCCUUCCAGGGGGAAGCGGUCUUGAUGCGGCUCUUGGACCCCGGUGUGCGUGUGAGAGCGCGACAGCAGCUUCCACAAGCCUGGGCCAGGGAGACAAUGUGGCGUCGCGCUGGCGAGGCUGCUGCAGAUGUGAAGGAGCGCCUCGCGGCCCAGUUGUUGAGUUGGCCCUUGGAGAAGAUGAUCGAAGCUAAUUGGAGUUGGUACGAGCCCAUGAUGUUUGAAAGGCGCCGCGAGCAGCUGCUUGCGUCUGGCAACAGGCUUGACAUCCUGGCGAUAGACGGCAACUGCAAACUUCAUCGCCGCACAUGCGGCAUGCCCUUCGCUGAGGUUGUUCCUUCCCCCCACGUUGGCAAGCUCCUCCUACGAGGAUGCAGUCAGCGACCGCACGGGGCGGAUACCUUGUGCUGCGUGCACGCUGCCGAUCGUGAUCUGCCCGGCCGUCCCUGCCACGGUGAGAUUGGGAGCCACCGGCUCAAGCGAGCUCUACACGCUGAAGGUGACGUGUGCCACCUCGAGGUCCGGCUGGCUGGCUUUGGCUCCUGGCAGCCAGCGUGUACGGUGGGGCAGGAGAUGCUCGCCCGGUACUUUGCGAACUUGGCGGACGCAAACAUUCGAAGGAGGCGGCAAAAGCGGGUGGAGUCUCGGGCGAAAAAGUGGAUCGGGAUGCGGCCUCGAAGAAGAACCUUCUUGGCUCCGUGGUCCUCUGCGCGCGCCCGGCAAGAAAGCAGCUGUCAAACGCACAAGGAGACCGAGCAGCAUGUCACGGCAGCUGCCCGAACCGCCGGCUUCUUGCUUGCUGUGAGUGAGGGAGGACUUGUGGCUGACUGCAACGAAGUGAUAGCUGCUGAGUCCCUUUCUCAAAGAUAUCACUUCCUCGCAAAGGUCGCGUCCCGGCUCAACAGCCUGCAGAUAGUGGUCCACGACGAUGCGUGCCACCUGCGGCUUUUUUGCGCCCAGCACCGGCUGGCCUCCGACAUUGCUGGUCGGCUCUCCAACAUGUCGUUCAUUGUGGACCGUUUUCAUGCGACUGGGCACAAGGGAGUCUUCUGCCGCAACCAUUGCCUUCCUACGUCUCAAAACAAUGAGCUUCUGCUGGGCAACUUCCCGACCGAUAUUGCGGAGUCUGUCAACGCUUUGUACAGUCCGCUGGGGCACACUAUCCAUCACAUGAAUAAGCAUUUCGCCCAGUUGGUUGUACAGGAAUGCACCGAUGUCCACAACCUUGCUCGCCUGCAAAGCAUACGAGACAAGCAGCGAGCCAGCGCUAAGAAGCGCCGCCUGAGCCAGGCAUAG